AUGGCCACACCCUCCGACUCCAACGCCGUCGUCGUCGAGCACCCCAAAACCUUCCUCAACCUCUCCUUCAACCAAGGCGGCGGCCGCUUCACCGCCGCCACCAACGAAGGAUUCAUGGUAUUCGAAACAGACCCUUUCACCCAAACCCUCCGCCGCACGUUCUCCUCCAACGGCCGCGGCGGCGGCGGCAUAGGCAUCGCGCAGUCGCUCCCCGGCUCAAAUAUCUACGCCCUAGUGGGCGGGGGCCCCACGACAAAGUUCCCCAAAAAUAGAGUCAUGAUCUGGGACGACCAACUCCGGCGGUGCGCGUACGAGUUCUCGUACCGCUCGGAGGUGAUGUCGGUCCGGCUGCGGCACGACCGCAUAGUUGUGGUCCUGCCGCAGAAGAUCAAGGUCUACGACUUCUCCGACCUGAAGCUGGUGCACGAGAUGGUGACGGAGCACAACCCUAAGGGUUUGUGCGAGAUUUCGAAGACCGGGCCGUUUGUACUGCUGAGCCUAGGGCUGCAGAAGGGACACGUCACCGUGCAUGAUUACUACCGGAGAAGGAAUAAACAGUUUCCGGCGCAUGAUUCCGAUAUCGCGUGCCUUUCGUUGUUGAGUGACGGCAAGCUUUUCGCCACCGCUAGUACUAAAGGGACCUUGAUUAGGGUUUUUGACUCUACCGAUGGCUCUUUGCUUCAGGAGCUAAGAAGGGGUUUCGAAAGAGCGGAGAUUCACAGCCUUUCGUUUUGUCCGACCGCACCACGGCUGGCUGUUUCAAGUGAUAAAGGAACUGUACAUGUUUUCAACGUAAACAUUGUCGAUUCAAAUUUGAGAAUCAACGGAUGGCUAAAUGCAGAACUGAAGGAACUCGCUCCAGCUCCCGUUUCACGUUUUUCUUUCAUUAAAGGUAGUUUUAUUUCGAAUCAUAACUGUAUUAAUAAUGUGGGAAUUAAUGCAGGUUAUCUCCCAAAGUAUUUGAGUUACGAGUGGUCGGUGGCUCACUUUCGCGUAAAAGAAGGCUUGCGACAUAUGGUUUCUUUCGGCAAAGAGAAGAACACGCUUGACAUUAUCGGCAUCGAUGGAAGAUUGUACAGAUGCAAAUUUGAUCCGGAGGCCGGUGGAGAGAUGACUACACUGGAAAGCCACAACUUCAUCCAGACAGAAUUGAAUUGA